AACCUCCUGCCACUCUCCGGUCCACCAGUCGCCUGGGAGCCUCACGAGACCCUUGCUCAGUCCCCUCACUCAAUAUACAGACACAAGUGAUGGCUCAAUUGGACUCGCGCAUGCGCACGUCACGUAGUGUGGUCCAUUAAAAUGAGACUUAAGUUGAGUAAGUUGUGAAGAAAGACGUGCCCAAGUUGGCAGGCGGUCGCCACGCACGACGGGUGCAAUAUAUUGGCGGGCAGAGAAGAGAAAUUAAUAUACACCUCGCCUCAUCUCACUGGUCAAGUAUGGAGCAGAUCAGACCAGCAGUCAUGACCUUUUUUGCUGGACAGUAUCCUGCAGCUAAUAUUGCCCAAGGUUUACAUCUGGAGCGUCUGAGGUUUGGCUGCCAGCCACCCCCCGUGUUCACCCCCAUGUUCCAGGGUAUGAUUCCUCCAGCUGCCCACAUGAACUCUGCCCAGUCCCUCCAGCCUAGAAUUGCCGCACCCACACCUACAUUUCCUGGGGGUGGGUUGUGCGUCUCCCAGGAGGAGUUAGAUAUGGUACUCUAUGGUUAUGCCAAGGGGAAGACGGGCGACCAAUAUCACGGCCACGCUCUUUCUGGACUUAGGAUAGGAGAUAUCAGUCAUGGUAUUGACCGGAUACUAGGUGGUCAAGUUCAAGUGGGGUUGAAUCAUGGGACCAAGGCUACACCGACCAUUGUGCUUGAUACAAGUUGCCUGGACCUCCCCGAAGGAGUGGCUAUUUAUCAAACCACAUUUGCAGGAACCAUUCACUAUGGGUCGUUUUGCACGAAGACAGUCAUCUGCAAAGGUACACGAUUCGGUCCAUUCAAAGGUAGAGUGGUGAAUACAAGUGAGAUCAAGACCCUUGACGACAACUCACUAAUGUGGGAGGUGUUUCAGGAAGGAAAAUUAAGCCAUUUUGUGGAUGGACGAGGCAAUGCAGGAAACUGGAUGACGUAUGUGAACUGUGCACGAUAUGCCCAGGAGCAGAACCUUCUAGCUGUGCAGGUUGAUGGAGACAUCUGGUACGAAGCAUGUAAAGACGUCCCCCAGGGUACGGAGCUGCUAGUGUGGUAUGGGGACUGUUACCUCCAGUUCAUGGGGGUUCCGGUCGCCCUCAAAGAAAUGGCUGACGGUGGAGCCCAGGAAGAGGCAGAUGCCAGUGAGGGGUACCAAUGCGAGCGGUGUGGCAAGGUGUUUGCGUACAAGUACUACCGAGACAAACACUUGAAGUACACACGAUGUGUCGACCAGGGAGACAGGAAAUACCCGUGUCACCUAUGUAGCAGGUCUUUUGAAAAGCGAGACAGACUUCGCAUCCACAUCCUCCACGUUCACGAAAAACACAGGCCUCACAAGUGCAUCGUUUGCGGCAAGAGUUUUAGUCAGUCGUCCAGUCUCAACAAACACAUGCGGGUGCAUAGCGGCGAGCGUCCAUACAAGUGUGUAUAUUGCAACAAAGCUUUCACAGCCUCAAGUAUACUAAGAACACACAUCAGGCAGCACUCUGGCGAGAAACCAUUCAAGCUGAUCAUCCGACCAAGGUGGCUGUGGUGAUAUGUCAGUUAACUUACUACCUUUGUACACUUUUUUAAACUCUUCUGCAGCACUAUGGUAAAGGUCUGUUAAAGUAUCUACACUGUCUUCUACAUUUUCUUCAAUCUGUUUGUAUAUACUGUCACAAUAUGUUAAAAGAGACCUUGGAAAUUCACCAUAAAUGAUUAACUGUUAUAUGGGCACCAUGUAUACUUGGUCCAUCUUUCUUGCUGAGCUGAGUCUUGAUGGGUUUCAUUACCAAUAUGACUUUUAUUAAAAACAUUGGGGUUGCUGUUGGAUUCCUUAGAGUAAUUAAGUGGAAAGUCAAUAGUACAGUAAAGAGGGAAGUGAUUAGAUCCAUCUCUCUCAUGAACACCAAAGGAGCUAAAAUGUGGAAAUACAUCUGUACUUGCCAGAAAAAAGUCCACCACACUGGCACCAUUGUGAGUGAUACAAGUAAAGUUCCCAUCCAUAUCAUCAAAUAGCCGCCCGUUUAGUACAUGGACAUCAUGUGUGCAACAUAAUUCUGCUAGUUUGACACCAUAACUGUUGUAUCGAGUGUUAUCCUUUGUUUUACGGGGAAUAUCGAACCCAUCAGUUGGAUAGUCAUCACUGUUCUCAUGAAUGAAGUUGAGAUCAUCAGCUGGGAUAUAAUCCAGAAAUGUACGCAUCCUUGCAUUGAAAUCUCCAGCUAGUAGUAGGUAAUGAUUGUUAUAACUAUUUAUGAUUGUCUCAAUAUAUCCCUCAAGACGACUUAUGGGAUCAAUGUUAGCCUCAUUAAAAACAGGGGAGUUUUCAGGCGAGAUAUAAACAAAUAUUAAAACUGAAUCUUUUUGUAAUCCAAAAUAACUUGUUUGAAAGUGCAGCACAACACAAUCGAUAAAUGAAUGACAUAUUCGACGAAUAAGAUUGUUCUUGAUGAAAUUAUCUUUCACCAAUACGGUUACACCACCACUGUAACGGCCACGUUGUUUACUUUUAGGUCGACAAAAGUUAAAUGAUUGAAAAUCGGACAAUAGAUCGCCAAAGUCUUCUUCCUGCUUAACAAACGACUCACAGAAACUAAUAAUGUCGUAUCUACCGCAGAACUGUUUAAAAUCACUAAAUGAAGAACUCACGUGUUUGUACAAUCCAUCAAUAUUCCAACUGAGAAUACUACAACUUGUGCCUUGGCCUUCUCCUCAUCUUCAUGUUGUCGAUCGCGGACCUCUGUCCGGAGUGCUCUCCCUUCCAUUUCCGGGUCCAGAUUCCGACGUAAACAAAGGGGCGUGUAUGUGCUGUUGGUUAGACUGCGUGCCUAUGAUGUUUGUUGAUAUCCUGUUUCCAUUGGUCGUGCAUACAUUCGUGUUCUUCACACUGUCGUAUACAAACACUUUUCCAUCAACCAUGAGUUUGUCGUGUCGAAUUUUCGGUUUUAAUCCGGCUUUUAGAGCUUCAGAAUAUAAUGGAGCUAAGGAGCGUCGGGCCUCGCGUACACGCUGUGUUAGGGUAAUGCUGGGUAAUGUAGGCGAGCGGCCGUGUUUACUGAGAUCCAGAGAUGGGUAUAUGUCUAGAGCAAUAUCGUGCGAAAAUAGGCACCUUUUCGCAACCAAAUAAGUCCAUACGCACUAUGCAUGGUAUUUCGCUCAGAAGAAAGUCUGUUUCCUCUAUUUACACACAUUUAAGUCUCCUCUAUUUACAUACAUGAAGUCGCCUCUAUUUACACACAUUUAAGUCUCCUCUAUUUACACACAUAUAAUUCUCCUCUAUUUACACACAUUUAAGUCUCCUCUAUUUACACACAUUUAAGUCUCCUCUAUUUACACACAUAUAAUUCUCCUCUAUCUACACACACGAAUUCUCCUCUGUUUACAAACACGAAGUAUCUUUACACGCAUAGACUCCUCUCUUUACACACGUCUCCUGAUGACAAACAUAAUGUUUUAUUAUUUUAUUUGGGAGAUAUUCUUCAAAGGCUGGAGAAUAGCUGAUAGAAUGUUUGCGAUAGUAUGCAAUGUACUUGAAUAUGAACAUUAAAUAUAUGAUAUUAUGACAAGAAUAUGUUGAUGAUGCUUUGUUGUCUGAUCGCAAGGUGCAAUUAAAUGCGUGGUGAAGAAUACACUUCAUUGAUGAAAGUAAGUUAUUAGCAUCAAUACAGAUAGUCUAUGAAAGUCACGUCAUUUAUUUGAAAAGUCAAAGAAAACUACGAGAGUAAAUCUCUAAAAAUGUGAAGGAAACGUUUGGAGUCAUUUAAGGAUAUACGUAAAAAGAAAACUGUGCAGAAUAAUAUCACGUUAUGUCUGUCAUUUUCUGCCCAUGUUCAUUCUCCACAUCAACCUU